AAUUUAAAUUGAAUAUAAAUAUCGUAAAAGAAAUGGAUGCAUGGAUUCAUAUUCUGAAAUAUCAAGUGUUAUUUAUUUUUCCCUAAUGUUAAAUGAGAAAAUUAUUAGUAAUUAUAAUUCGCAUAAAAUCCAAUCCAAAAUGUCAAGUAAAUAACGUUCAUCGAUACAAAUUUAGUCGUGAUUCAUAAAGUAGUUCGGUUUAUCGGCACUAAAGCAAUCGUAUCGCUCCAAAAAUGUGUAUUCUGCGCUGAUACAAGAUAAACGGCUGUAGGUAUAGAUAUAUCGACGCGAGCAAGUAAUUAGUGCUUAUAACUUUGAUAGCAGAGCACGAUGACCGACACUUUCGAGAAACAAUAUUGUUUUUAUGUCAAAUAUGAGUAUGCCGAGGGGAGAGCGACCGACCAUUUUCUCCCCUCUUUGCUUCUAAAUUGCAGAGGAGAAAUGAAGAGACAGCGCAGUACACAUUUACAAUGCGCCCAUGCAUGCGGCUCCGCAACAGUUUUAAAUAAUCUCGUAGAAUAUUAUAGAUUCGUCUUUUGUUCGUACAUAGUUAUAUUAGAUUUAUGAACAAACAUGGCUCCUCGACGUUUGUUGCUCCUGGCUUUGUUAAUCGCAAGUUUGGCAGCUGUACUGACUGAAAAAUUGCCCAAUAGUUUGAUCGUUGGCGAUAGAGAGCCUGGCGAUCACCUCAUGCAACGGGAGUUUGUGAUGAAGGGAUACAAGUGGCUACGAUCCGUGAAGCUUACAAAAACGUUCACUGGUAGUGUACAUUCAAAAAUCACCCAAGUCCAGCUUCUUGAUCAGAACGAAAAAGGCAAUGGAGCCACUGCAGCGAUUCUGUCUGGUGGACCAGGUGAUAACUUUGUCACUGUACAGUUCAAGAGUGUAAGAGGUCAUGGUGUCAAUUACGUGGUGAAACUAUAUGGAAAGUGACAUUUUAAUUAAUUAUGUUCUCAAUUCUUAGUUUAUAAAUUACAAAUAACACCAAUAAUGUAUCAUACCAUUCGUAUGAUUGAUCAAAUAAAUUCGUGCGUCAAUAAUUGAAUGCACUGACUAAA